AUGAGAAAACAUUGCCUCAUCGCGUCGCUGGCGCUUGUCUGUCAGCUGGCCAUUGUGUCGGGCGAGGAUCAUUGGGUUUGGCGCACCUACAACCGCAGGGAGCGUGCGUUCAAGGAAAACGAUCGCGAGGCCUCCAUGCGCAACGCACACCAGAACCAGCAGAGACGAGAGCCAACCACCAGACGACCGCUGCCUGGUGAGCCGGAGAAUGAUGAGAUCGAGGACUAUGUGGACGUUGAGCCCACAACAACCACUGCGCCCAAUGUGGGCACGCGUCAGUACAACCCCUAUCCCAAUCCCUUUGGCGGAUUUGGUGGACAGCCGGCGAUUGGUGGCCAGUUUCCAGGCAUUGGCGGCGGCUUUGGCGGCGGCAAUCCAGGCGUGCUGGUCGGUGCGGGUGGCCCUACGGGAUACAGACCGCCGCUGUAUCCCAAUGCCUAUCAGCCUGGCAACAUUGGAUUUGGUGGUGCGCAGAACGGACUGGGACUAGGUGGCUAUCCAGGCAUCUAUGGCGGUGCGGCUGCGAGUGCGAGCUACCCGGGCCUGGGUGCCGGUGCAGGCUAUCCCGGCGUGGGUGGCGGUGCAGGUUAUCCAGGCGUGGGUGGCGGUGCAAGUGCCGGCACAGCCUACCCGGGCGGACAGCUCGGCGGCGGACUAGGCUUGGGUCAGUAUCCAGGCGCUGGCAGCCAAUAUCCAUUUGGAAGCUAUCCAGGCGCAGAGACAAAUUACAACCAGUUUGGAGCGCCUGGCGGACAAUAUCCUGGCCUGGCACAGUAUCCGGGCAAUCAGUACGCCGGACCACAGUACACAGAUGGCUAUGGCCUAGCUGCUGGCUUUGGCCUAGGCCAGCCCGGCCUGGCACCCACGGGCUAUGGCGGCAACUUCGGAGUUGGGGGCGUUGGCUAUGACGAGAAGUCGCUGACGCCGGCCGAGGGCAAGAGUGCCAAGAGCUCGGCCAGCUCCCCAGCGACGGUGAAUGAUAAGCUCAGCAAGAAUAUUUAG